AUGAGCAAGUAUGAAGUGCUCCAGGGGUUUUACGCCGUUCACGACGAAUUAGGCUCAGGAGGAUUCGGAAAAGUCCGCCUAGCAACACAUUUGCUGACAAAUCAAAAGGUGGCCAUCAAGAUAAUAGAUAAGAAGCAGCUUGGACAUGACCUGCCGCGAGUUCAAACGGAAAUGGACGCCUUGCGCAAUUUGUCCCAUCAGAAUAUAUGUCGUCUGUACCAUUACAUAGAGACAGAAGACAAGUUUUUCAUCGUUAUGGAGUACUGCAGUGGAGGAGAAAUGUUCGAUUAUAUUGUGCGGAAGGAGCGGCUCGAAGAGUCUGAAGCUCGUCAUUUCUUCCGGCAGCUCGUCAGUGCGAUCGCUUUCGUUCAUUCACAAGGAUAUGCCCAUCGAGACCUGAAACCGGAAAAUCUCCUGCUCACCGAGGAUCUUCACCUGAAAUUGAUCGAUUUCGGGUUAUGCGCGAAGACUGAAAAAGGCCGUAUUGAUAAGCACAAUUUGGAUACGUGUUGUGGAUCUCCGGCCUAUGCGGCGCCCGAGUUGAUACAGGGCUUGCAGUACAAGGGAAACGAGGCGGAUGUCUGGUCGAUGGGCAUUUUAUUAUAUACACUUCUCGUCGGAGCAUUGCCAUUUGAAGAUGAUAAUAUGCAAAUUAUGUACAAAAAGAUUCAAUCCGGAUGCUUCUACGAGCCCGAAUUCCUAUCGCCGCUCAGCAAGCAACUCCUCCGAGCAAUGCUCCAAGUGGUUCCAGAACGGAGGAUCAGUGUCAAGAAGCUGCUCGAGCACGAUUGGCUCAAUCACAAAUACACACAGCCGGUGAAAUGGAACACGAUUUAUGAUAAAAACUUUAUCGAUCGUGACGUGGCUCGGGUGAUGUCAAAGUACUAUGGAUUUGAGUCGACAGACAAAAUGAUUGAAAAGAUCAAAGAAUGGAAUUUUGAUUACAUGACGUCGACUUAUUACGCUCUAUUGCACAGGAAGAGGAAUGGAAUGGAAAUUAUUCUUCCGAUGGUUCGAAAUUCGACCAAUACUGCUCCACCGAAUGUUCAAAACAUAUUGUGCUCUCCAACAAUCCACGCAUCACUAGAGAAUAAUCUCGACAAAUCAGGACUGGAAGAUGACGAUUCUGAUCCUUCAAGCAUCUCGUCCUCAUCGGAUAUCUCAGCACGAUUGAAGAAGAACUGUGUAGUUUCAGAUGAGUCGUCGUCGUCUCGUUUCGUGAAGCCAAUGUCACCGGCGGCGGAGAAGGACAAAAAGAUGUCGUACGUCAACGCGAUGCUUACGAUGCCUUCACAAUUCACCGGUCGAUCGCCUCUUCGGAUUCCAGAAUCACCAAUGUCGGUGAGGAGCAGUGAUUCGGCGAGUCUUGGAUCGGCGGCGACUCCGUCUCGUGGUGGUGUCAAGGAUAACGACAAGGAGAAUGCUUCCACUGGCAAAAAUUAUCGAAUGGGAGCAUCUACAUGCAAAAGCCGUGGACCGCUCAAAAUAACGGGAGUCGAAGAAGGAACGAUGAAAAGUGUCUACACCACUCCAAACACCCGGCCUACUCUUCGAGGACUCUUCAGUCCCGGCAAUGCUGAGCACAAGAAGCGCCAGAGAGCUCGAUCUUCGGAUCGUGCGAGCAUCGGAAUGCCACCUGGCUCACCAGUGUCUAUUGGAAGUGCACAUAGUGCUAAUAAUGCCGAUGGCCGAACUCCGAGAAGUCGCAUAAAAACGAAUCGCCUUCCACAACGUGUGUUCACCUCCCUGGAACGGAAGAAGGAGAAGCUGAUCACACUUCUGACACCUCGGAAAAUGCAACGAGACUCUCCUCAAGUUCUGAAGGAUGUGAAGAAUAUGGUGAACGUGUCGAUGACAGCCUCACAGGAUCCUGAAGAAGUGAGGAAUCUGCUGAAGAAGGUGUUUGACGAUGAACGGAUGCGAUACGAGUUGAACGGAUGGAAGUUCCUUGCGACACAGGAGACUGUUCAUGGAUGGAUGACUGUCGAGUUGGAAAUUGUUCGGCUGCAGAUGUUUGAUAAAGUGCGUAAUCUGCGCCGUUUUUUUUGUUGUGUCAAUAUCAACAUACCGUCGAGAAAACCAACAUAUAUUGAACUCUGAUUGAAUUUUCAAAGUUCGAUUAUGGAAGAUAAUUUUUGAAACACCAAAAAACAAAACAUUUUCGAUUUUUCGGUGUUUCUCAAAAAACCGAAAAAUCGAAAAAAAAAUUCGGUGCAAAUUUGCUUAAAAAAAGUGCAGCACGGUUGAGUGUCGAUUUACGCAGAUCGUGUACUCCUCGAGAAGUAAAAUCUUUUGGAAGAAAUUAUUGGUUUCCGUCAAUUCUUUUCGUAUUUACUAUUCAAAUUGCCAAUUUUGUGAUUAAGAACAACUGAAAUUUAGAAAUGUUCAUUUCAAAAGUAGUUCCUUAAAAUACUAAAAAUUAAAAAUGAAUUCGCGAUUAAAAACUGUAAAAAGCUCGUCAAAAAGAGGGUCGAAUCUGAAACGUUUUUUUUCCCAAAGAUAUACAAAAAAAAGAUUUUUUUUUUCAAAAAAAAAACACGAGAAGGCUUCUCAGAUAGACUGGAGUCACGGCAGAGCGAUAGAAAAUCACUGCUAAUUAGCAUUUAUGUCACGGCUUAGUCAACCGCAGUAAUUGUGCUUUUCCGCUGAUUAGCGGUGAUGUUUUGCUACGUAGUUAUGCUUUCUUGCUAGCUAGUUUUGCUUUCAUAUUGGAUUAAACUUUUAUAAAACCAUAAAAAAUAACACGAUUUAUUAUGAAAAUGAAACAAAAUGAAAAAA